AUGGAACCCACAAACCAAACAGUUGAUUCACCAUUUGUUCUCCUAAAACUGACAGAUGACCCAGGACUUCAGCCCUUACUCUUCAGCCUGUUCCUGUCCAUGUACCUGGUCACUAUCCUGGGGAACCUGCUCAUCAUCCUGGCCGUCAGCUCUGACUCCCACCUCCACACGCCCAUGUACUUCUUCCUCUGCAAUCUGUCAUUUACUGACAUCUGUUUAAGCACAAGCAUACUUCCAAAGAUGCUGGUGAACAUCCAGUCCCAGAGCCAGAGCAUCACUUAUGCAGCCUGCCUCUCCCAGGUCUUCUUUGUUCUGGCAUUUCUUGUCUUCGAAAACUGUCUACUCUCAGCAAUGGCCUAUGACCGCUAUGUAGCCAUUUGUCACCCUCUAAUGUACAGUGUCAUCAUGAACCCCCAGUUUUGUUUCCAGCUUGUGCUGGUCUCACUGUCCACUGGAGUUGUGGAUGCCCUGCUCCACACUCUGAUGGUGCUGCGGCUGUCCUUCUGCACAGACCUGGAAAUCCCCCACUUCUUCUGUGAACUUGCUCAGGUCAUCAAACCUGCUUGUACUGACACUCUCAUCAAUAAUAUUUUGGUUUAUUUCUUGUCUGUCCUUCUGGGUGGUAGUUCUCUGUCUGGGAUCAUUUUUUCUUAUUCUCAGAUCAUCUGUUCUCUUUUGAGAGUACCAUCACCUGGCAGAAAAUAUAAAGCUUUUUCUACCUGUGGGUCUCAUCUGUUAGUGGUAUUAUUAUUCUAUGGGACAGGAUUUGGUGUGUACAUUAGUUCUGCUGUUACUGACUCAUCCAGAACGUCUGCAGUGGCUUCGAUGAUGUAUUCAGUUGUACCUCAAAUGAUGAACCCAUUUAUUUACAGCCUGAGGAACAAAGAUAUGAAGAAAGCUGUGAGAAAAAUAAUAAGCAAGACAGAAUUUUGGGGGUGA